ACCUAAGAAGGAACAUCUUGAGAUGAAAUUGACACUUAAAUGAAAUGAUAAUCGAGAACUCUCAGCAGUACUGUCCCCUGCUUCUAUUUUUACUUUCCAUCCACAUCACCUGUAGAACUGAUCCUCUUAUUCGGUCAAGCCCACAUACUGAGUGAGCCAGUAUCCAGACACAAAGAAAAGUUGUUUUUCUAUUCAUUAAAAGGUUUCUUGAAGACAUUAGUGGUCAAAACCUCAAGGGUUUCUCUGCUUAAAAAGAAGCAGAUUCCUGUGUUGAAUCUGCAGAUCUGGUCUUUUCUUAAAGCAGGCAUGUGCUUUUGCCAGUGCAUUAGGAGCGGUAUGAUGUCCGCCUUCUCCGUGACCCAGGCUUUGUGCUUCAGCUGUGAUUAUUAGCUGGUUUAUCUGUGUUGGGCUGUUUGAGCUUCAAUGAGAAUGUGACCUUUAUUGCUUAUAUGGAAGACAGCCAUCAGGCUUUCUCAGAUGAUAUGAGUACACUGCCCGGAUACACAGGGGCCAGAAUAUCAGGCUGCUGGUCUCUCCGUACAGAUGGAGGUGGGAGUGGUGAAGAUUCUCUGGACAGGCUCCUCCCCCCGGUCAGCACCUCUCGCAGGAAGAGCAGCACUCUGGGUAAAACAGAACCUCCACUGCUCCGCACCGGCACACGUACCAUCUACAUAGCCGGCAGACCGCCCUGGUACAACGAACAUGGAGCCCAGUUUAAAGAGGCCUUUGUCAUUGGUCUGUGUGGAGGCAGUGCCUCUGGAAAAACUACUGUAGCCAAUAAAAUCAUUGAAGCUUUGGACGUUCCUUGGGUUGUUCUACUAUCUAUGGACUCGUUUUAUAAGGUUCUGUCUCCAGAGGAACAAGCUCUAGCGGCCAAUAACGACUAUAACUUUGACCAUCCGGGAGCUUUCGACUUUGAGCUGCUUGUGACUACACUGCGGAAACUUAAACAGGGGAAAAGUGUAAAAAUCCCAGUGUAUGACUUCACUACACAUGGACGCCAGAAAGACUGGAAAAAUGUCUAUGGUGCCAGCGUCAUUAUCUUUGAAGGCAUCUUGUCCUUUGCAGACAAAGAGCUCUUGCAGCUGAUGGACAUGAAGAUUUUUGUAGAUACAGAUUCGGAUAUUCGGCUGGUACGGCGGCUGAGGAGGGACAUCACAGAGAGAGGACGUGACAUUGAGGGUGUGAUUAAACAAUACAAUAAGUUUGUAAAACCAGCUUUUGAGCAGUACAUAGAACCAACCAUGCGACUUGCAGAUAUUGUUGUGCCACGUGGUGGGGGUAACAUGGUGGCCAUUGACCUGAUCGUUCAGCAUGUUCACAGCCAGCUAGAAGAACGUGAGAUUAGUGUCAGGGCACUCCUGGCCACGGCCCAUCAGUCCCAGCCGUUGCCUCAGACUCUCAGUGUGUUAGAAAGCACGCCACAGGUUCGAGGUCUCCACACCAUCAUCAGGAACAAAGACACCAGCCGUGACGAGUUCAUCUUCUACUCAAAGAGACUGAUGCGGUUGCUUAUUGAACACGCGCUGUCUUUCUUGCCCUCCAAGGCCUGUACCAUCCAAACACCACAAGGUCAAGAGUAUAAGGGCCGCAGAUUUAGUGGGAAAGGGAUCACAGGUGUGUCCGUUCUUCGGGCAGGUGAGACCAUGGAGCCUGCACUGAGAGCCGUGUGCAAAGAUGUCCGUAUUGGGAAGAUUCUGAUCCAGACUAAUCUGGAUUCAGGAGAACCAGAGCUGCACUACCUGCGACUGCCCAGAGACAUCAGUGAGGACCAUGUGAUUUUGAUGGAUAGCACCGUUUCUACCGGAGCUGCAGCCAUGAUGGCACUGAGGGUGUUGCUGGACCAUGAUGUCCAGGAAGACAAGAUCGUGUUGGUGUCUCUGCUGAUGGCGGAGCUGGGAGUUCACUCAGUUGCUUACGCCUUCCCUCGUGUCAAAAUCAUCACCACUGCUGUGGACAAGAGCCUAGAUGACCUUCUUCAUGUCAUCCCAGGGAUAGGGGACUUUGGUGACCGUUACUUUGGGACAGAUGGAUCUUCAUCAUGGAUUGAUGAAGAACAGCAAGAACCACUUAGCUGCUCAUCAGAGGUUUGACACUUUGUUUAAACAAUUCAGGCAGUUGUGACUAGUGAGGAUCAACACUUAAUGUAAUUUCAUAAAGCCAGCCAGGAACAAAAAUAGUUUUGCCUAACACACUCAUGAGGCACAGUAUUUUGUAGCACUUUAUUUUAUAACCGUAUGUUCAUGAUGUGAUCUAAAACAUUAAAAUGUCUUUUACCUAUAAAUAAACACAUAUGUUAGAUUUGAUAUCUAUUUCUAGCUUUCAAACAAUAGUUCAAAAAGUUAAAAAUGGUCACUUUUAUACAUUUCUAAGUAUUAGUUUGUACAAUUGUGUAAAUGUACAAAUAUAAGAAUGGCUGGACCCAUUUGGCUGUUUAUUGGUUUUACACAUUUAACAUAAAAUACAUUUUUUCAAACACUUGAUAAUGCGUCAGUCUUUUAAACGCAUUAUAUAUUUUCUUCAAACCUUCAAUUUCUUCAAUUUUACAAUUUCUAGUGAGACUUCUAUUUCAUCAUUCUUCAGACAGCUAGGAGGGAGUUUUCUGGGAGCAGAUUAGAGCUGUUUUUUCUCCCCAAAUGUAUUAAUUUUUUUUUUUGAACAUGUGCUACUGCAGCCAUAACACCAGGGGGCAGUACUUCACUCCUGUCUCAUUGUGCUUUUGCAGGUUCAGUAAGGACAUUCAAACCCCAACUAUGAAACUAAAAUGCUUUUAAGAAAAAUAUGUUGUUCACUCAAGAAUUUAGAGACAAUCAAACCAAACUGUGUCUACAAUCUUAAUAAAAGCCCAGAAGAAGACAGUGACCUAACAAUGACACUAGUAACUAAACAGAAUAGUGACAAUAUUAAGCUCAAGGUGUUUUUGUUGUGGAACUAGAAGCCUUGAGAGUAAAUAACAGCACACUUACUCGGCUCAAAAACCUAUUAAAGGUAGGGUAGGAAAUUUUGGAGAGGCUAGCAAUAGCAAGCUAGCUUUGAAAGCAUAAGAUCCCACCCUCCCUUCAGAGCGCUCUCCCAAGUCACGCCUCCUACAAUAGACAUGAAUGCACACAGCCAGAGCAGAGUUUGCAAAGCGUCACGAGACGGCGUUAAAUUACCUCAUGUUUCUAAGCACAUAACAUUACAAUAAUAAUGAAUGUAAACAACUUAAAGAGCUCUUACUUGUACCACCUGACUGCUGCAAAUUCAUGCGUUGAUAGUGUUGAUAUAGAAACGCAAAAUUCCGAGUCUGAGGACGUGAACCUCUCAGAGUAGAACGUCACGGGUUGCCAUCUCUAAUUAUAGUAGUUAUGACGUAAACGCAGCGUAAGCUCAUUUUUUUGGUUCAGGAGGAACUGUAAGUGGUGGCUACUGUUUGUUGCGGCACUCGGUGACUGUGUUUACAACUCCAGCCUCAUAGAAUAGAUGGAACACGCUGAUGUCUGCGUGAGCAGGGUGCGUGGAGGUAUGCAAAUACAGGCAAGUAGGAUAUCCUAUUAUUGCAUUAGGACCAAAAGCAAUGAUUGGACAAACAUUGCCUGGUCCUGAGACUUCCACGAAAGAUAUAUGUACAUAUUUUUAAUAUUUAGACCACUUCUAUUAUUGAUUGCUAUCAGGAUGUGAAGAGAGUUUCAACCAGUUUAACAAAAAGCGUUUCUGAAAAACAUUGCCUACCCUACGUUUAAUAGCUCUGGGUGAAGGUGAAGUGCUCUUCAUUGAGAGGAACUGAAGAAGAGCUCUAUUGAGAUGGAAUAAUGAACAGCCAAGUGCAGGUAUAGAAAUAAGACCAUAAGAGAGAACUUGAAGAUGAAGUUGUACAUUGGUAGGAAAAAGGAAUAGAAGGCUUUAAAAGACAGCAAAAUGAAAGAAACUUGCAUUAACAUGUCUUUUCUAAGAUCAGAUUUUACCAAAUUAGGUAACGUAAAAAAAAAAAAGGGCAUUUGUCUAAAGAAUCCAGCAGAUAUCUUUGGCUGAAAUUAACCAGACAACAUCAAUCUCUUCAGCACUUCACAGAUAUGACCUAUUUGACUCGAUGGGAGCUACAUUUUUUAAAAAUGCAUUUAGGGCAAAAAAUCAGCAACUUUAUUUACCGGAAACAUAUCUGCACAAAAUACAAAAUACAACAAUGUCCUGCGGUCGACUUUUUUGACAAAAUUUCUAGCAACUACAUGACAUUACUUAGUAGCAAGGUAAUAAUGUCAUAAUGUUUUUUUGAAGCAGUUAAACUUACAGCUUGGCGUAUAAUUCACAAACACUUUAUCUCUCAUAAAUAUGGCUCAAACCUCUAUAAAAUGUUCUGGAAUUAGCAACUCAGGAUUGCAAUAAAAUUGCGUGAAAAUUGUUCUAGACUACUCACGAGUGUUUAAAAGGAAAAAAACUGACAAAUGUCUUGAAAUAAAACAUCUAAACAAUGGUUGCAUCCGAAAUUGCAUUCUUCCGUACUGUAUAAUAGGUCAAAAAACAGUAUGUGACAAAAUAAGUAUGUCUGAAUUCACAAUACUCAUAAAAGAGUAUAGGCAAAAAGUACACGGAUGACAUGACAGUGAAGCGACACAACCGACACUGGUAGGUCACAUGAUAAUGACAACAUGGCGAAUGUAGUACAUCCAGAUUAUAUUCAUACUACACACAUUCAUACUUUAUAGAACAUACUUUUCUAGUGGUUGUAAAGUAAUUACUUAAAAUAAGUACCUACUCGAGAGUAUGCGUUUUCGGAUGCAGCCCAUGUCUCGAGGUGUUGAAUUAAUUGGUGUUGUGGCUGCAUACCAUCUCCGGUGUGCAUUAAUUUUCAAUAAUUCAACAGCACUUCGUCAAUUAAUCCUUACACACACACACGUUUAUAAAUCUAGCAUAAUAUUUAGAACGAAAAUGCCCUUUUCUCAUAUGAUGUUAAAGAAGUACAAUACAGGCUGUGGGGGUACAUAAGACAAAAAAAGUUUGGAAACAUUAAAAUUUUGAAAUUUCACUUUUUCCCCAUUUUGAAAUGGCAGUACAGUACAUGUUAUGUUAGUAUGAGAAGAGAACCUCAAAAAUAUUUAAUAGUAUGCAGAAUAAUUCAAAGGAGGUGGAUACCUAUUAAAGGCACCGUACAGUGCUGACAUUGUAUAGAAACCUAAAUGACUGUGUUGUACCCACACAUGGUUGCUACAAAAUGCAAAAAUAUUUUCUAGGCUUCUGAGCCAGGCCCUUUCUCCAGUGUCGCCGUAGCUCUAAAAUGUGGGUGACAUCUUGACUUAGCAGAGCUCCUCAUACAUGCUGGAUUUGCCUAGACAACAAACUGGUCUGCGACUGCAGCCUCAAGGUUAACCUGUUACUAUGGAAACAAGUCAGCCAAUAAAAAAACAGCAGACAGUUGCUAUGUUGACUGCACCCUUUUUGUUUUAAGGAUGACCUAUUUUUUUUUCCAGAGCAAGUCAGAUAGAUGCAAGCUUGUGACACAUAAACACACGCAUGGACACAGGUUACACUUUUACAAACACAAGUUCAUAUGGUCUAGUAGAGGAUUUGAAUGAAAUAAAAGAGAAAAAAAAUC